AUGGCUGCCGACAAGGUCAACGUUUUGUUUGUUUGUCUCGGCAACAUUUGCCGAUCGCCUAUGGCUGAGGCUGUAUUUGCCCAUAUGGUCAACCAAAAGAAGCUCAGUGAGCGGUUUGGCGUCAUUGAUUCUGCAGGCACAGCAGGCUAUCAUGUGGGUGAGACACCGGAUCAUCGAAGCGCACAGACCUGUCGCAAGCAUGGUGUACCUGUGAAUCACAAUGCACGCAAGGUGAACAAGGCCGAUUUCAAUCGAUUUGACUACAUCUUGUGCAUGGAUGAAUCCAACUUGGCCAAUCUUCAGGAAAUGGCUCCUGCUGGCACCACAGCCACAAUCAAGCUCUUUGGUGAAUAUGAUCCCCAAGGUGAACGCAUCAUCCGUGAUCCCUACUAUGGUGGCUCUGAAGGAUUCGAACGCAAUUUCAAACAAGUGUCACGUGCAAGUGAAGGCUUCCUCAAUGAACUUGGAUUACUAUAG